AUGCAGAUUAACACUAUGGGUGGAAACCAUGACGGUACUCACUCCGUGAGGGCCAGCGUAUUUGUGAAGAAGGGUGGCACGAAGGUUUCGAAGCCUGAAAUUAGCAAGAUGAAUUGCCGACCGCCCAUAUCCAUUAGUAACUGUGAGAAGGAGCCGAAUCCCACGAAUCGGUCUAAUGCUCUACAUGCUGAUACCAAAACGCGGAAGAGUGCCUCAUUAGCUUGCUCUCAAGCUUUCUUCAUUCACGCCGUUCCUCCCUGUAAAUUGGAUGAUAUUCGCAUGCACUUAGAUAUCAUCCGCAGUUUAGACAUAAUUGGGGGGAUUAGUUCUGAGUUACAAUCCUGGAAUUUGCUUUCCAAUCAUUCCUUCGGUUUUCUUCAACCUCCCCGCCCACCUCCGUUGCAGGUAGUGGCUUUGUAUACCCCAUUAGAGGCACACGGUAGCAACAAAUAUGUGGUUAGCGUUGCUGUCGAAAGUGGUUUGAGGACUAGGUUUUCCCAAGAUACUUGGUAUGUACGCGAAAAGCCCGAGGAGUAUAUGAACGACAUCCGCUUGUAUGCGACCAGGACUUUGGCGUAUGCAUCCGUUGAAUUUGCCAUGAUUACCGAAAGCGCCAUUGCGGCGACUGAUAGAGACUAUGAAGCUCAGAAACAAACAAAGCUUCAUAUUGGCAGCACCAAUCUUGGCAAGGCGACCGACAACGACACUUUGCAUGUUGUUGCAAAGCGUGUCAAACCCCCAACGAUACCGAUGCCAUCAAAAGCUGAUACACCAACGCCGUCUCAUGCCCUCCAACGCCCUGUAUCUGGCAUGAUUUUUGGACUUUUGAUAAUGUGA